GGGAAAUACUCCCGACUCGACCGAGAGAGCGUUUGCCACUUUGAGAACGAGCGACGCGCGUUCCUGCGAGUUACCGCCGCAGCCGCUUUCGUCGUCGUCGUCGUCGUCGUCGUCGCCGUUGCUGCCGUCGUCGUCGUCGUCGUCGUCGCCGCCGCCGCCGUCGUCCUCGUCGUCGUCGUGAUCGUCGUCGUCGUUGUGCCCGUCACCGUGGUCGCGGUCGCUGUCACCGCGACAGCAUCUUCGUCGGUCCGCGGUGAAUCUUCGCGAAUCGUGCGUGUCGCGUACCUGGCCGCUCCUCGGUCACCGUCGCGGUCGUCGACGACGGUUCAACGUGGUCACACGUUGGUCGACGACGAACUCUGCCCGCGAGUCCGCGAUACCGCCGCCGAUACCCGAGUGUGCUCCGACAUUGUUCGACAGUGGGACUAGUAGUCCACCGGCUACGCAUCGCCUAGAAGAACUUGUGACUCCAUUCGAUCGAUCCUCGACGAGGGGCAGCCCGGUUGCUGCUCCUCGAGCGUAGCCGAGACAGACCUGCUCCGCGACGAGAACGUUGAACGGGUCCGUCCGAGAGAAUCCGGUGUCCGGUGGCACACCGCCGACUUAUUGUCAUGGACACGAUUGUCCGAGUGGUUGUGCACAGUGAAGUUGUUCGCCGCGCGUGCACGACGGUCCAACGUACUCCGUGAGACAACGGUAGUUCAAUACCCAGUGAUAGUGAGGCUCGCGAGACGACCCGAUUGCCGAUCCGGGAUCGACGUGGCCACGUUCUGCCCUCUUCGGCUGGGUUGCCACCAGCGUAGCCGACCCAAAGAGGUCCACUCGCGAGCUUAGUAUGCGUUGACCCGCGCCUCUUGGUCCCUCGUAUCCCGUGGUGUCCACGUGGCGGGCGUACACCUAGAUCCGGACCGAUCGAGAAACGGAACCAGAAACGCUACUCCGGACGGCUGGGAGUCAGCCGUGUCGGUACCGCAACACGAGCCAUCCACGAUUCUGCCAGCCGAAACCCGAGAAGCCGCUUCUUUUAGGAACCAAUCGCGAGGGCAUUUCGGACACCUCAUGGACCACGGAGCGAUGGAUAGUUCUUCCGACCACAGUAGCCGCGCCAGCCCUGUUACCGGCAGCCCGAAGCACCCUCACAGCCCGUCGGGCCAGAAUCCGCAACAGCUCCACGGUUCUCACAGCCAGCCACCGCCGUCGCAUCAGCAGCCUCAUCCCCGGGACCAGAUCCGCGAUCAACAAUCGCAGCAACAGCAACAGCACCGCGGCGUGCCCACACCGGGUUCGCCGACUCGCGGGUCACCACCGCAAGGACUUCCGUUGAGCCCGCCACCCCUGUCCGCCGGAGGAGCACCCGGCGCUCCGCCAGGUAUGGUGCCCCGUAUGCCGGGCCUGCCGCCACCGGGUCUAGGGCUGCUCGGGCAACUGGGCGGCAUGCUCAGCGGUCACCAUGGUUCGCCCCUCGAGCUGAUGGCCGCACAUCACGCGGUCCUGCCGCCCAGAUCCUACAACAGCCCGCCGCCGAUCAGCACCAGCGAUCCAACCGCGAACGAGUGCAAGCUGGUCGACUACCGCGGCCAGAAGGUUGCCGCGUUCAUCAUCGCCGGGGACACGAUGCUCUGCCUGCCUCAGGCCUUCGAGCUCUUCCUCAAGCAUCUCGUCGGCGGACUUCACACCGUCUACACGAAGCUCAAGAGGCUCGAUAUAGUGCCGUUGGUGUGCAACGUCGAGCAAGUCAGGAUCCUGCGGGGACUCGGCGCCAUCCAGCCCGGCGUUAACCGAUGCAAGCUACUCAGCUGCAAGGACUUCGACAUACUCUACAGGGAUUGCACCACAGCCAGCUCCAGGCCAGGAAGACCACCGAAGAGGGCAUCAGUGGGCCUGAGCUUAGCGGCCAGCCACCUGGCAGCGACGACCGGCCACCACCCCCAGCACUCGCUCAAGAAGCACAGAAUGGACAACGGGGACUACUAUGAGAACGGGCACUUAGACGUGCCGAGGAUGGAGAAGUCCCCGUUACUGGCGAACGGGUACAAUCACCCGCCCACCCACCUCAGUCACAUGCAGUUCAUGCAGCUCGGCGGCCACCCGGGCGCAGGACACACCGCCAUAUUGUCGCCGGCCAGUCUGCCGCACCACCUGCAGGCACAGGCUCAGGCGCGGGCCGAGCAGGGGUUGAAGGUGAACCCGAACAUGUCGAACAUGGAGGCUCUCGCGAGGUCCGGGACGGUUUGGGAAAACUGCCGAGCUGCCUACGAAGAUAUCGUGAAACAUCUCGAAAGGCUCCGCGAGGAGAGAGGGGACGCGGAGAGGGCGCUCGCAUUGGACCAGAAACCCAGGGAUCUGAGCUCGCACAAUGGUUCGUCGAACGGUCACAGUCCCGUGCUGAACCUGUCCAAGACGGCGGGAAGCGGAAGCGUGGGCGAGCACUCCGGAAGCGAGGCGGAGGCGUCGCACCGAUCGCAGGACGACGAGGAGGAGGACGAUAAUCUGUCCGAGGACCUCGACGACGACAACGAGAAGGACGAAGAUCUGUCGGACGUGCCGGAGAACCUGCCGCUCGCCGCGCCGGGCUCGGAAAGUCCCCAGGCCCUGAACUACUCUCAGAUCGCGUCCGCGGCGGUGGCCGUCUCUCAGGGAGGCCAGGAUCCCUCGGUCUCGAGUACGGAGACCCUGCUCAGGAAUAUCCAGGGCCUGCUCAAGGUCGCGGCCGACAACGCGAGGCAGCAGGAGAGGCAAAUCAACUACGAGAAAGCCGAGCUAAAGAUGGACGUGCUCCGAGAAAGGGAAGUGAAGGACAGCCUCGAGCGCCAGCUCCAGGACGAACAGAAGGUCCGAGUGUUGUACCAGAAACGGUUAAAGAAGGAGCGAAGAGCAAGGAAACGUCUGCAAGAGCAGCUGGACCUGGAGAUCAAGAGGCGCACGCAGCUCGAGGAGGCGUUGAAGGCGACGGGGGCAUCCACGGAGCAAGUCAGAGCGAUUACCGAAAACGUGACGGUGGAGGCGCGCACGAGUUCCGAGCCGCCGGAAGCCAGCCCGGUGCACUCGCAGUCGCAACAGCAACCGUCGCAGCAACAGUCCUCGCAGCAACCCCUCCAGCAGCAGCAGCAGGCCCAACAGUACAGGGAGGCGCAGGUGCCGCGCCCUUCGCAGCAACCCUCCACCCCCGAGAAACCGGCAUGGGGAUACGGUCUGGACCUGAUCGGCAGCCAAGCGUCCGCGUUCUGGCAGAACUACCAAGAGUCGCUGGUCCAGGAACUCGAGCUGGAGAGAAAAUCGCGGCAGCAUCAGGCGGCCGAGAGGGACCAGGUCAAGUCUCCUCUUCAAGGUGCGUCCAACUAAACCACCUUCAUCUAGACACGAGUCCCGAACGGGUUACUACAAGAACUCCGUUCUGUUCACGAGCGCGACCUAGAAGAGGCUGGAGGAGGGCAGAAGAGGGGCAGAGCGUCUGUCGAGCAGCCAAAACGAGUGACGACGGUCGAGGAUCGACGAGGAGGCCGGGCGGGGCGCGUUCCCCGGUGGAUCAGCGCGCGCGGACCCGUCGCGCAGGGGUUAAUCCCGAUUUCCGCGUGACUCGCGGCGCCGAGGACGAGCCGAGCGCCGAUGAUUCACCGCGACCGCGCCGUCGCCGCUCGAGAUAAGCGCGAGGAGAGGAGGCGCGCUCGAAGCGAUCGUUCUCGAGGAGCUGCCUCGAAGCGAGCUCGAACUGUCGGACUUUGUUCAACCCGGGGAGGGGUUUCCGCUCCCUCCCCGCGAGGGAAUCCGUGAUUUAAACGCGUGCGUGGCUUCGAUCUCCGUCCAGGAGGUCCCCGAUCGGCGGGGGAGAGUCCGCGACGCGUCGGGGGAUCCCAGGGGAGGAUCGAGCCGGUGGAUACACACAUAUCAACGAGGGCCGACGAUCCGGAGGACGCGUUCUCCGCGACCCGUUAAUCCGUACGCGAAUGUAUACCACAAAACCCAUGGGCCGAUGGUCGAGGCCCAUGGUCGAGCCGGCGUCCGCGCGAGUCUCGAAUCGGCGAACGAGCAACCGGACCGCGCGGCGCCGGCGCUGAGGAAGGACGACGGGAGAGGAACAUAUUUCUAAAGACUGCUUGGGAAGAGUGCGUGCGCGCGCGUGCAUGCGGUUCCUAGAGGUACCUAUUCCCCCAAUUAUCGAGAGCGAGUGAGAGAGAGAGAGAGGACGUGAGCAAGAAUGAGAGAGUGAGAGUGAGAGUGAGAGAAAGAGAGUAACUUUCAAUUAGGUAAUUGUGUUUUAAGCGAUCCCGCGCGACAGGACGAUCGCGCUCGGCCGCGCCGGUCUCCGAGUAUUAUUAUCGAUUAUCAUUAAAUAUUAUUUACCCGGUGCGAGCCGGUCGUCGGCGCACGCGUGUCCGGAAUCCGCGAACUCGCCGCCGGGAACGGAGGACGCGGCGGACGUUCUCGAUCGCUCGCGGACGGAUCGCGAGUGAUCCUCCGAACGUCGAGAGCCCGCCCGAGGUUCCCGCGGCGAGCCGCGCGACUCUUAAUCAUCCUGUAUCAUAUUCGAGCGAGAGGGGCGAGUGAAUGUGCGCGCGAACCGCCGACCGAGGAGGACGACGCGGGGGCAGGGGCGAAAGCGGGAGAGAAUGAGGAUUCGAGUGGGAGAAUCGGAUCCGCGGCGGAUCGGUAACAGUGAAUAUAGUCGUAGAAUGGUAGGAAAACAAUGCUUGUGCGAGACAAAACACGGGCGGGCGUACGGGGGGGGGCGAUGAUUGCGUCGAGUGGGCGCCGCCAGCGCGCGGAGUGUGGACAGCCGGGUGGAGAGGAUUCAGCCGGUUGCGUUUUAAAUCGUAAUACCUUAUUUAUAUAAAUAAACUUAGUUACUACCGUCGACAAGUAAGGCUAAAAAAAUGCAUAAUUUGCGUGUGUUCCGCGUUCUGCGUCGCGACCGGCCGCGCGCCCGGAACAUCCUCCCCGACGAUGACGGACGGGACGGGAUGACUUCCGUCCCGAGAAACGGCGUUCCCAAGGGAUCUCCCUCGGGGGACGGGGACGGGUGUUCCCGAGCGGCGCGGCCGGUCAACGUAUUUAAGAUCCAUGUACAAAGUCUCUUGCCCAGUAAGGAUUCUUGUGUUGUAAAGUUCACAUAAUCAUAGUGUCUAGAAUCGUACGUACCGGCCAAUGCCCGUUAAGACGAUGCUACACGUAGUGAAACGAGAAUUUAACCACCGAUAGCUCAUCUGUAUCUGCCAUCGCCGCUACCAAUCGAUCGAUCGGGGUCUCGCCGUUCCGCGCCCGCGGCCGAGGAUCGUCGUUUCCCCUCCGACGGGUGACGCGCGCGCGU